AUGGCCCACUCAGUUGUCAUAGACUUUGACUGGACCGUUUACGCUUUCGAUCCUACACUCUGUGAAGAGCAAAUUCGACAAGCCCACCUGCAGCACCGAGUCAUUCCACAACGUGGCGCAGUUCUCUUACAGGAAUACAACUUUAACUACCCAGACCAAAACUUAUCCGAACCAUUUCAUAUCCCUUACUCUAUCCACUUCAACAUUCUUAAACUUUUCAUGCUAAAAAAGGCCAUGUUGGGUAAAACAUUCCUUGCUAUGCUAAAUGAGGACCCACUGAUCUUCAUGCCAAUGCUCUCCCGUCUUACAACCUACAUUUCUUACUACCAUUCUAUUCAAGACUCUUGGCUGGGUGGGGUGGACCCAACUAUUCUCCAUAGAUGGUGGAAUGUUGAGAGCACCAGGGAUCACAUGUUUCAUUCACCUGUUCAAGAUGACCCACCUAAGGGUGGGAGGUCUGAUUUUAAUUCUACGGUGGUGAGGGCUUGUAAAGAGUGGUGGAUGUCUAAGGUUUGGAAUGUUGGGGAUGUCGCCAGGACUCCGGAGGCACAAAUUUCUGAAUCUGUUCUUCAUAUUGGAGAUUGGAUUGAGAACGAAAUAAUCCGGGAACUAGGGCAUUGUGACAUGACAAAUGAAGACCUUCCAAAGCGAUGA